AUGGCGCCUAGCCUCGUCUUUGACCCUGUUCCUCCACGGAAAGAUGAGGAAGAGGAAGACCUUACAAGGUCCCAAGUCUGCGAGUUCAGUUCAGAUUCUGAGUUAGAAGUGAUAGAGGAGGGAGGAGCUGUCUUGCAGGGUGGAGAAGAAUCUGGUUCCUCAGUGGAAGGUAAAGGGGGUGCUCAGUCCUCAGUACCGGACUUCAAUGUUGAGAAGACAGUCGUGCAGCACCCUACCUAUCAGGUGGCCCGAGGCAUGCUCAGAUUCCUAGCACGGGAAAGAUGCACAACCACCCUAGCCACUACUUGGGCAGAAGUAGCAUCAGGCCCCACGGGGAGAGACCCACAGGUCUCCAGUGGUAGAGGCACGCUGGUCCCCAGUGGGAGAGGCUCGCUGCGGGGAAGAGGUACACUGGUUUCUGGCGGGAGAGUCAUGCUUCUCACUAGUGGGCGAGGUACACUGGCCGCCAGUCAUGUGGGAGCACAGCAGGCCUCUACCACCUCCCUACACUCAAGUACACCUGAGCUAGGCAGGGCUUGGGAGAAGAGAGGCUGUGCAGUUAGAAAAAUGAUCAGUCAGAGAACCGAGUCACCCUCCUCUGACACUAAGACUUCAGAAGAAUCCAGUGAGAUAGCACCAAUGAGGGUGACCAUUAGCUUGAAACAUGGAGAUCAGACCAAGUUAGACAACCCCAAGGAAUCAGAAGACAGAGCUGGAAACUCUGAUGAUCAGGACCAGGAGAAUUCUGAUGCUAUACCUAGUAGGAUGCCACUCACUUCUCAGGAAUUAAGGACAAACAGGGAAAACCAGGCUGCUGGAGAGCAAGAAGCCUCUUCCCAUAAGAAAAAAACAACUGUGGUCAGGGCUAAGGGAGGAAACAGACCCACCUAUACAGUGGCUGCUGCUGCAGGUGACUUGUCGAGGAGAAAUCCUAGAAAGAAGAUGACUCAUGAGAAGAAAUUCCCAGAAAGUGACUCUAGUGUUAUGUUGGGAAGAAUCUUCCCUCCUUGGGGGCAAAGGAUCAAGGCACCUCACCAGGAAGCAGCUUCCUUACCUCCAAUCUCAUGUGUUCCUGUGUUUCGGAAUUCCAAGUCAUCUUCAUCUCUGAGUCCUGGACCGAAGCAGUCCAAUCAAGAUGGCACUUUGAGGAGAUCUAGGACUUGGAGAAGAAGGGAGACUCAGACUGUGGCCAGAGAAGAUUAUGAGUUAAAUAGAGAUCCUGUCCUUCAAGCCCAGCUUUCUACAUACAGGCCAGGACCACCUUACUUGUUGCAUCGUGGAGAACUCAGCAGUGGCGAUGCCCACACCAGAGCCCCAUAUAUUUCACAAAUAUCACAGCCCUUACCCCAGAGACAGAGGAGUAUCAGAGGCUUUGCACCUUCUGGUGACCAGGAACCACUCACACAUGCCACAGGUCCGGAAAUGUCACAACAACCAUCUGGAGAACAAGGCUGUCCACGGUGUCCGGUGCUACAGAAGGAAAUAGAGAAGCUCAAGGAUCAACUAGCGGCUAUUCAGUUCCUCAAUGAGAAGUUCCAGUCUUUUGGAGUAUGAACCCAGCAUCUUCAAUCAAGACAAGUGGCCAGUGCUGUGGAGCCCAGGAAUUGUGAUACAGCUGGUUUAAUCAGGGUCAUCUGCAGCCAUUUCCUCCUCUCAACCCCAUCUUUUGUUCCCUGCUCACCCUAGCUGACAGAAGUUCCAAAUUAAAUUUUUUUGUGUUU